GUACUAUGGCUGCUUUUCCAUGGAUGUUAUUGCCAGUGUCGCAUUUGGUACACAGAUAGACUCCCAGAGGAAUCCAGAUGAUCCAUUUGUCAAGCAUGCAAAGAUGGUCUUUAAUGUAAAUUUCUUCAAACCACUUAUUUUCCUGAACAUUAUAUUCCCCUUCAUUAUGAUGCCAUUUCGCCUUGUGAUGCCCCAUACAUCCAUGACCAAGGCAAAUGCCUUCUUUAUCAAAGUGAUUAAAGAUAUUAUAGCACAGAGGGAUCGGCAGCCUACUGAUCAGAAACGCAGAGAUUUCCUGCAGCUCAUGCUUGAUGCCCGGAUAUCCACUGAUUACACUACCAUGGAGAAAUUCGAUGUUACCAAUUCCAGUGGUGAAAUCGAGGAGUCUCCCGAGACACAGAAUGCAAAGGACAUGGCCAAGUCAAGCCCAGCCAGAAUCCAGAAGAAGGUCCUUAGUCUGAAUAAAAUCUUUGGACAGGCAUUCAUUUUCUUUGCAGCAGGAUAUGAAACCACCAGCAGUACUCUGUCCUUUGUUUCUUACCUGCUUGCCACCCAUCCUGAGAGCCAGGAGUUGCUGCUAAAGGAAGUGGAUGAAUUCUAUGAGUCUCAUAUCAUUCCCGAUUAUAACAAUGUGCAGAACUUAACCUACUUGGACAUGGUGAUCUCAGAGUCUCUACGCAUGUACCCACCUGGAGUCAGGUUUAGUCGCGUGUGUGAAAAAGACUGUUUGGUGAAUGGGCAGUUUAUUCCUGCGGGGAUAACUGUCGAAGUUCCAGUCGGUGUCCUCCACUAUGACCCCAAAUACUGGUCAGAACCAGAGAAAUUUAAACCAGAGAGAUUCACUCCAGAGCUGAAAGCAGAGCGCCAUCCUUUUGUAUACCUGCCUUUUGGCGCUGGACCCAGAAGCUGUAUCGCGAUGAGACUGGCGCUAUUGGAAGCCAAGAUUGUACUAGUGCGGAUUCUGUCGAAGUAUAGUUUCCAGACCUGCCCCGAAACACAGGUUCCACUGCGCAUAAAAUCGUUGGGCUCCCUUGGACCGAAGGAGGGAGUGAUCCUUAAGAUUGUGCCAAGGAAAUGUUAACCCCAUGGGUGCACCUGAUUGUCUCAACAUAAUCUACGAAUCUGACAGAUGAUCAAAACUUUGAAAUGAUUAACCAUUGUGUGAGGGUAGACUUUAACAGACGUUCUGAGCCUGAAUGUGGAUGGGAGAUGUUAAGAGCUCCUAAUAAUGAAGUGGUAACUUGCAUAAUCUUCAACUAAUGCGGUUUGAAUUGAUUUAGGUUAGAUUAAUAAAAUAAUGCUCACCCCUAUUAGUGGGAUCCCAGUGAUUAAAGGCUAAUAUAGAAAAAACAGCAGAUUGAAGAAAAUAUUGUAAAAUACUAAAAAUAAUCAUGGAUGUUCAGUGUGAUUACCUGACUUUAAAUAAAUCUGUUUUCUCUGUA